AUGGAGGUGCCGGCGGGGGAGCCCCCUGCUCGGGGCUGCGGCCCCCCGCCCGCGCCAGCCCCUGAGAGGAAGAAGAGCCACCGAGCGCCGUCGCCGGCCCGACCCAAGGACGUGGCCGGCUGGUCGCUGGCCAAGGGCCGCCGCGGCCCAGGCCCGGGCGCCGCAGCCGCCUGCAGCUCCGCGUCCUCGGCGCGGCCGGACAAGAAGGGGCGUGCGGUGGCGCCCGGGGCGCGGGGAGCAGGGACGCGGGUGGCCGGGGUCCGCACCGGGGUCCGCGCCAAGGGCCGUCCGCGCCCAGGCACCGGGCCGCGACCGCCGCCACCGCCGCCCAGCCUCACCGACAGCAGCUCAGAGGUGUCGGACUGCGCGUCGGAGGAGGCGCGUCUGCUGGGCCUGGAGCUGGCGCUGAGCAGCGACGCCGAGUCAGCGGCCGGGGGCCCGGCGGGGGCCCGCACUGGGCAGCCGCCGCAGCCCGCGCCGCCCGCUCAGCAGCCUCCGCGGCCUCCCGCCUCCCCGGAGGAGCCGUCGGUGGCCGCGUCGUCGGUGGGCAGCAGCCGCCUGCCACUCAGCGCCUCGCUCGCCUUCUCCGACCUCACGGAGGAGAUGCUGGACUGCGGGCCCGGCGGCUUCAUGAGAGAGCUGGAGGAGCUGCGCUCGGAGAACGACUAUCUCAAGGAUGAGAUCGAGGAGCUGCGGGCAGAGAUGCUGGAGAUGCGGGACGUCUACAUGGAGGAGGAUGUGUAUCAGCUGCAGGAGCUGCGGCAGCAGCUGGACCAGGCCAGUAAGACCUGCCGCAUCCUGCAGUACCGGCUACGCAAGGCCGAGCGCCGCAGCUUGCGAGCUGCCCAGACUGGCCAAGUGGACGGUGAGCUCAUCCGAGGCCUGGAGCAGGACGUCAAGGUCUCUAAGGACAUCUCCGUGCGGCUGCAUAAGGAGCUCGAGGCUGUGGAGAAGAAACGGGCACGGCUGGAGGAGGAGAAUGAGGAGCUUCGGCAGCGGCUCAUCGAGACUGAGCUGGCCAAGCAGGUGUUGCAGACGGAGCUGGAGCGGCCGAGAGAGCACUCCUUGAAGAAAAGAGGAACCCGUUCCCUGGGGAAGACCGACAAGAAGCCUUCGGUGCAGGAGGACAGCGCCGACCUGAAGUGCCAGCUGCACUUUGCAAAGGAGGAGUCGGCCCUCAUGUGCAAGAAGCUCACCAAGCUGGCCAAGGAGAACGAUGGCAUGAAGGAGGAGCUGCUCAAGUACCGCUCGCUCUAUGGGGACCUGGACGGCGCCCUGUCGGCUGAGGAGCUGGCUGACGCGCCCCACUCGCGGGAGACCGAGCUCAAGGUACAUCUGAAGCUGGUGGAGGAGGAAGCCAACCUGCUGAGCCGCCGCAUCGUGGAGCUGGAGGUGGAAAACCGCGGUCUGCGGGCUGAGAUGGACGACAUGAAGGAUCACGGUGGCGGCGGCUGCGGGGGCCCCGAGGCCCGCCUGGCCUUCUCUGCCCUGGGCGGCAGCGAGUGCGGGGAGAGCACGGCGGAGCUGCGGCGGCACCUGCAGUUCGUGGAGGAGGAGGCCGAGCUGCUCCGGCGCUCCUCAGCCGAGCUGGAGGACCAGAACAAGCUGCUGCUGACUGAGCUGGCCAAGUACCGCUCGGAGCACGAGCUGGACGUGACGCUGUCGGAGGACAGCUGCUCCGUGCUCAGCGAGCCCUCGCAGGAGGAGCUGGCAGCUGCCAAGCUGCAGAUCGGCGAGCUCAGCGGCAAGGUCAAGAAGCUACAGUACGAGAACCGGGUGCUCCUCUCCAACCUGCAGCGCUGCGACCUUGCCUCUUGCCAGAGCACACGGCCGAUGCUGGAGACGGACGCUGAGGCCGGGGACUCCGCCCAGUGUGUGCCUGCUGCCCUUGGUGAGGUCCAGGGGCCCCACGCCGCCCGGCUCUGCAGAGCCAGGGAGGCCGAAGUGCUGUCUGGGCUUCGGGAACAGGCCGUCCUGGUCAGCAAGGCCAUUGAUGUCCUGGUGGCUGAUGCCAACGGCUUCUCGGCUGGCUUCCGUCUGUGUCUGGACAACGAAUGUGCUGACUUUCGGCUGCAUGAGGCCCCCGACAACAACAGCGAGGGCCCCAGGGACACCAAGCUGAUCCACGCUCUCCUGGUGAGGCUGAGCUUGCUCCAGCAGGAGCUCAACGCCUUCACACGGAAGGCAGACUCGGUCCUCGGGGGUCCCACCAAGGAGCAGCCAGAGCCUUUCUCGGCUCUGCCCUCCUUGGGCUCCCAGGGGCCCUCCAAGGAGAUUCUUCUGGCCAAAGACCUUGGCUCAGACUUCCAGGUGCAGCCCCCUGACUUCAGGGACCUGCCGGAAUGGGAGCCCAGGAUACGAGAGACCUUCCGCACUGGCGACCUGGACUCUAAGCCCGACCCCAGCCGGAGCUUCAGACCUUACCGAGCUGAAGACAAUGAUUCCUAUGCCUCUGAGAUCAAGGAGCUGCAGCUGGUGCUGGCUGAAGCCCACGACAGCCUCCGGGGCCUACAAGAGCAGCUCUCCCAGGAACGGCAGCUGCGGAAGGAGGAGGCUGACAACUUCAACCAGAAAAUGGUGCAGCUGAAGGAGGACCAGCAGAGGGCGCUCCUGAGGCGGGAGUUUGAGCUGCAGAGUCUGAGCCUCCAGCGCAGGCUGGAGCAGAAAUUCUGGAGCCAGGAGAAGAACAUGUUGGUGCAAGAGUCCCAGCAGUUCAAGCACAAUUUCCUUCUACUCUUCAUGAAGCUCAGGUGGUUCCUCAAGCGCUGGAGGCAGGGCAAGGUUUUGCCCAACGAGGGGGAUGACUUCCUUGAGGUAAAUAGCAUGAAGGAGCUGUACCUGCUGAUGGAGGAAGAGGAAAUAAAUGCCCAACAUUCUGAUAAUAAGACCUGCGCAGGGGACAGCUGGACCCAAAACACGCCCAACGAGUACAUCAAGACACUGGCCGACAUGAAGGUGACGCUGAAGGAGCUAUGCUGGCUGCUCCGGGAUGAACGCCGAGGUCUGACUGAGCUUCAGCAACAGUUUGCAAAGGCCAAGGCCACCUGGGAGACAGAGCGAGCAGAGCUUAAGAGCCAUAUCACCCCGAUGGAGCUGAAGACUGGGAAGGGGGCUGGGGAUCGGGUGGGGCCCGACUGGAAGGCAGCUCUGCAGAGGGAACGGGAAGAACAACAGCACCUCCUGGCUGAGUCCUACAGCGCAGUCAUGGAGCUGACGCGGCAACUGCAGAUUAGCGAGCACAACUGGGGCCAGGAAAAGCUUCAGCUGGUGGAGCGGCUUCAGGGUGAGAAGCAGCAGGUGGAGCAGCAGGUAAAGGAGCUGCAGAACCGUCUGAGCCAGCUGCAGAAAGCUGCUGACCCCUGGGUCCUGAAGCACUCGGACCUGGAGAAGCAGGACAACAGCUGGAAAGAGACGCGUAGUGAGAAGAUCCACGACAAGGAGGGCGUUUCUGAAGUCGAGCUGGGGGGAAACGGCUUGAAGAGGACCAAAUCUGUUUCCUCCAUGUCGGAGUUUGAAAGUUUGCUGGACUGUUCCCCCUACCUCGCCAGCGAAGCCGCCCGGGGCAAGAAACUGCCCAGCAGCCCUGCCUUUGCCUUUGUGGGCCCCCAGCCGGUGGAACCGGAGAAGGCGGCCCCAGAACAGCCAGGGCUCUCGCCUGGGGACUGCAACCGCCUGGGCGCCCUGGGCUGCCCGGAGCCCGCGGGGAGGCAGAUGCAGCGCAGCUACACGGCACCUGACAAGACCGGCAUCCGUGUCUAUUACAGCCCCCCGGUGGCCCGGCGCCUGGGGGUCCCCGUGGUCCAUGACAGGGAAGGCAAGAUCAUCAUCGAGCCCGGCUUCCUCUUCACCACAGCCAAGCCCAAAGAGUCGGCCGAGGCCGAUAGGCUGGCUGAGAGCUCCUACAGCCGCUGGCUCUGCAACUUCUCCCGGCAGCGCCUGGACGGGGGCUCCGGCAGCGGUCCCUCCGCGCCUGGGCCCACCUUCCCAGCGGCCCUGCAUGACUUUGAGAUGUCAGGCAACAUGAGCGACGACAUGAAGGAGAUCACCAACUGCGUGCGCCAGGCCAUGCGCUCAGGCUCGCUGGAGAGGAAGGUGAAGAGCACGUCCAGCCAGACGGUGGGCCUGGCCAGCGUGGGCACGCAGACCAUCCGCACGGUCAGCGUGGGCCUGCAGACCGACCCGCCCCGCAGCAGCCUGCACGGCAAGAGCUGGUCGCCCCGCAGCUCCUCGCUGGUGUCUGUGCGCAGCAAGCAGAUCGCUUCCUCCCUGGACAAGGUGCACUCGCGCAUCGAGCGGCCCUGCUGCUCACCCAAGUACGGUUCCCCCAAGCUCCAGAGGCGGUCUGUGUCCAAGCUGGACGGGGCCAAGGACCGCAGCCUGUGGAACCUGCACCAGGGCAAGCAGAACGGCUCGGCCUGGGCCCGCUCCACCACCACGCGGGACAGCCCCGUGCUAAGAAACAUCAACGACGGGCUAUCCAGCCUCUUCAGCGUGGUGGAGCACUCGGGGAGCACGGAGUCCGUCUGGAAACUGGGCAUGUCCGAGGCCCGGGCCAAGCCCGAGCCUCCCAAGUACGGCAUCGUGCAGGAGUUCUUCCGCAACGUGUGUGGCCGGGCGCCCAGCCCCACCGCCACCCCUGGGGAGGAGGGCCCCAAGAAGCCGGAGCCGCUCUCCCCUGCCAGCUACCAUCAGCCGGAGGGCGUGGCCAGGAUCGUGAACAAGAAGGCGGCCAAGCCAGGCAGCAGCGAGGAGGCCAGGCUCUCCGUGCUCCCCCAGGUGGGGAAGGAUGGUGUCCCUCGGGAUGGAGAUGGAACCACGGUCCUUCUCAGUGAGGAUGCCGUGUGUGACUGUAGCACCCAGUCUCUCACCUCCUGCUUCGCCCGGCCAUCCCGCUCUGCCAUCCGCCACUCUCCUUCCAAGUGCAGACUGCACCCUUCAGAGUCUGGCUGGGGUGGGGAGGAGAGGGCAGUGCCCCCCAGCGAGUGACAGAGCAGCCAAGCUCCCUCACCUCAACCAGCCCAGUCCCUGGACAACGGAAGGGAACCAGCAGAGAGGAGACGAGGCAAGGGUCCUGUGCCCUCUGCAUCCCUCGCCCUGGAGGGACAGCAGCUGCACCACUGCCAGAGAAGAGCUUUCCCAUCCAGGUAAAGCGGGGUCUCCUGCUGACUGCUGGGUGGUGACCUCUCACUUCCUAGGGGAAGGCAGUGAGUGGGAAAAAGACCAAAACUGGGCUCCCAAAGCAUCUCCAGAGAGAUCCCAGGGGAGCUAAUCCCUGGGUCAUAAGGGAGACACUUGCCUGGCUCUACCCACACCCACUUCUCGAAGAUCCAAGGAAAGGAUACACUUCCAGCCUCACCCCUCAGGGAAAAGGGUUCACAGAGAUGUUCCUUGCCAACCACAUCUGUCUUCAUGGGGAGGAAACACCAAUGAGAAGAACAGGCUUUGCUCUCGGGAUCAAUUUGGGCUUCCUGGUGGAGCUUAGCUGGGCAUCACCCCAUCCCAUCCUUUCCCCCACCACCUCCUCCUGCCAGCCCUGCUGCUCUGGUGAGGUGUGGCUCUGGGGAUAUGAUAGGGCAAUAGCCGGGGGCAUGUAUCUGCUUGGAAUCCUAAAGCCCUGGAUCUCCCUGCCCACAGCCUGGAUGCAGCAAGGACUAGAAGACGAGGUAGAAAUGUGUGGGGCUCAAGGGUUGGGGAGCCACCAGAACUGCCAAGGUGACUUGGGGAGCCCCAACCUUCCUAAGAGACUCCUUGAGGACAGGAAUAGGCAGAGUCAGUCUCAAGACCUGGAGCACAGAUAAAUGCCUCAUUGUCCACUGCCUUGAUCACUGGGGCCUCUCUCCCUGGCAACCUGGGGGCACCACAUCUCCACUGUGUUUACAUCCUACAGCCGGUGAAGGGCGAAGAUCUUCCCCAAAGAGACUCCCAGUUGGCCAGGUCAGGCCAAGGAGCCUUCCAAGAGGCUGGUGCCCCAGGACGUGGCGGUAGACUGAGGCCUGGAAACACAUUUCUUGCCUAGGUUGUUUAUUUGAGUUUUUCUUACUAUAAAUAUUUAAGGUGGUUUUACUUUAUUUUAAUAAUUUAAUUUACCCCAAAGUCCCUAAGGUAAUUUAUUGCAAGUCAAGACAUGUCCUCUCACCACUGGGACAAGGCAGGGCUUCUAACACGGGGGGGUGGGUGCAGGGCCCCCAUGUGGAUGAGGCCGCUCAGCAGCCCAGCUCCGUUCCCCUGGUCAGGUUUGGCGACACCCCCCACCCCCCAUCCCCCCCGCAGAGCUGGGGCCCUGCAGCUGACCUUUCGCCCCGAGCCCUUCACACUCGAUACCCGGUACUUGCCCAGCCCCCAGCGGUCAGUCUGUAGGUGCUGACUGACGGGGUGGAGGGCUGGACCAGCGUCAUCACUCCCCAGACAUUUUCCAUUUUCCUCCUCAUUUUUCUCCCUCCUUCUGACACCUUUUUUAAAAUGAGUCAAGCACGGAUUUCUAAGGCUUUAUCAAGAGCAUGGAGAUCUCUCCAAGUUCCCUCAGUGAGAACUCGCAGGAAAACUGGACUGCACUUCGAGAAUGUUGUUGAUUGCAGCUUUGCACAUGGAUCUGAGCGUGACUGCCAGCCUGCCUCGGUUCUCACCAGCCCACCAGCCUUUUCACCAGCCUCUUUCCUUAGCCUUAUGGACUCUCCUGGCUCAUCUCCCAGCCCCACCUCCACUGCCCGCCCUGCCCCAUGUCCCAUGUGAGCUGCCUGAGCCUUCAGACGGAUCGUAACUCAGCUCACUGCACUGUGGUGUCGGGGGACUGAGAUGGCCUUGGUGCAGGUGAACCCGUUUUGGUCGCACACAUGCCCACACAUCUGUGUGUUGCUGGUGGGGGUGCUCAGAGUGGAAACACCAGGAUAAAGCUUACCUGUGAAAUCCCCACCAGAAAGACCAAAGGCCAGCAGCUCUGUUAGUUUCCCCCGCCCCAGGACUCAGGAGAUAGCUCUGCCUUCCCACUCACCAGCUCCCAGUCUUGCCCUUUCUGGGGCACCUGGACCCGUGACCCAUAUUCCUUCCUCUCCAUUCCCUACUGGCAGAACUUUGGGGUGACGUUAGUGCAACCAGCCGCCUCCUCAUGCCAUAGCGCCCUGCGUGGGCAGAGCAGGCCGACCGAUGGAGCCGUGGGCCAGUCCCUCUGCGACGCCAAUGCUCCCACCCAAGGCUAUCUCCAAGUGAGGGGAUUCACACAAGGCCACAAGCCACCAGAGGCCUUCUGCCACCUCCCCGAGCUGCAGAGGGCCAGGGAGGCUGUGCUUCUAGCCUUGGGGAGAAAUCCUCGCAAGACCUGAACCCUGCGGACCGCUCCGCUCAGCCUUACUGUCCUUCUCAUCCACGAUUGUCCUGCCAUCCUGUCUGAGAGCCGGGCCACCGGCCCUCAGAGUGUCAGAGGCCCCAGGUCUUGACACCCCAGUAAAGUCCCAGUUUCUGCUUCCUGCAUGCCACUGUGCAAGGUCACUCAUCACUGUUCCUACAGAAGCCUCUGGACGUGGGGCUGGAUGGGGUUGAAAAUGUUACAUGUAAAUAUUGGUUGGGUUUGGUUUUUUAGCUUUUUAAUUAGUAACUGGUUGUGUUUUCUUUUGGGGGGUGGGGUUUGGUUUGUAAAAACUCUCUACUCUUUUGGAAUGUAAUUUCUAAGUUUGUUUGUUUCUUCAAAUGCCUUUUAAGUCUUGGUAACAUUCCCAAAGCAGAAAACUGCCUGGCCCGCCCUGGGGACUCCCCUGGAGCAUUGGGUCCCAGGAAGGAACACUGCCCUUUCCCCCUUUCCUGCUACCCCUGGCCUUUCUGCUCCUAGCAACUUCCUUUCCUUCUCUUCCCCCUCCUCUGUACUUCUUUUUCCUUUCCCUCAUUUCCAUUCUCUUCAGCCAGAGUCCCAAGGAACCCUGGGGUCCUAGUUCCCUACCAACCACUAGGCUUGGAUCUAUUAUGUUGGCACCAGUUGAGGGGAAAUGUGAGACCAAUUGGCAUAGUUGACCCCAGACUUGACGCAUUUGUUGCUCAGGUCUGACCUCUUCCCAGAGCCAAAUUAGACCCUCCUGGGAGCAAUGAUGUCUGUCUUGGAAAUGAAAAUCAGACCACUUUGGCACCUCAGUGGCUCCUCAGUCCUGUAUGCACAAGGCAUUCAGAUCCGAGUCUCUGUCUCCCUGGCAGCCCUUCCCCCGCCCUCAAUUCUUUCCCCACUGAAAGCUGACCAAUUUAAAAAACCCUCCAAGAGGUCUUGCCCCAAAUGGGCCCCUCCCCUUGGUCCUCCCAGGAACACUCCUCUACCAGCCACUCUCCCAGGUGACAAAGUCGAGGGCCCAAAGACUUGACCUUGUUACACCCUGCUUGCCUCAGGCCUCCCUUGUGCCUGCUCCCAUGCACCUUUUAUGGUUUCAUCACCCCUUCCAGGCCCUUCCUCCCUCUCCUCUCCCAUCUAGCAUGCCCCCAGCUUUACCAGCCUUCCAGCUCUCCAGUCCCAUUACCUCUUCAUUAAUAAUAGUCCCCUGCACACCCCUCCUAGAGCAUGUUGCUGUUUAGAAAUUGCUUUCCCAUGCCACUUCUCCUUCAACCUUCUAAGGGUCAGGUCUGGGAGACAACCUCGGCAGGACGGGGGUUAGUGUUCCCACUGUGCAGAUGAGGCAACUGAGGGGCAGAUCUUAUCCCAGAGACAUCUAACUGGAAAGUCAGCAGGUUUAGACUAGAACCUGGGUUCACUGGAUCCCACGACCCAACUCUGUCCUGCUUGCUGUGUAAACCCACUGCCCCCCUGAAAAAUGCCACUGAAUAUGCCACUGCCCAACCCAGACAUAAAACCAGCCCACUCUGAAGUAUUGGACCCAUGUGUCUCAGAGUGUGGUAUAGGAACCCCUUGCAUCAGAAUCCUCUGAGGGCAUUCCAAAAUGCAGCUUCCUGGGCCCCACCUUGGCCUCUGGGCCAGGAAUCUGCAUAUUUAACAAACUCCCAGGGAGAUACUGAGCACCAGUGGCCACACCAUUGACAUUCACAGCCCUGAUCUUUAGGCUGUCUUUCUUUUAACCAAAUAGCCAAGGUGUUAUAUCUUAAAAAGAGCACUGAGCUGGGAAUUGGGGGACCUAGUCCUCAACCCAGCUCUAAUUUGGAUUAAUUGUGCUGAGAAUUUCCAAAAAGCACCAGAGGCAAUUUACAGUCUCAGUCUUAAGGUUCAAUGAGACAACAGGAGAGGGAAGUUCCCUUGUGGCACAGAGAGUUAAGGAUCUGGUGUUGUUCUUGCAAUGGUAUGGUGUGGGUUCUAUCCCUGGCCCAGGAACUUCCACUUGCUGUGGGAGUGGCCCCAAAAAAGAUAACAAGAAGAAAGUCGAGAAGCAAGAGAAAUUAUCAUUCCCUGAAUCUUAUCUGAUAUAAUUCCCAGAAUCCUGCAAUUAAAUUUUACUCUUGAGUUUCCUGGUAGCCACUGUAAAAAGAGAAACACAUCAGAUUUCAUGACUCUCAUCAUCCAGUCAUGGAAAAUAACCAUAUUUGCCCCAGGAGACAAACUCUUCUACAGCUGAUUUAGAGCAUGUUACUUCCAAGGCCACUAAACCAGUUGCAGUGUGAACCUAAGGUACAAGAAUGUUUUCCAUGUCACUCUUUUAAAAAUAAUAAUAAACGUCCACCAACUUGAAUGACCUUGGCGCCCAGAGCAUGUGGCUAGUCUGUGCCUCGGUUCCUCCAGCUAUAAAGUGGGAGAAGGUCCUUCACCCUCGUGUGGCUGUGGUGAGGACCAAAUACAAUACUGUGCCUGUCAAUCUACUUUGAAAGCAUAAGGUUCUAAACUAACAGCAGGUGGUCUGUUCACACUCACGGUCCGCAGGCCAGCCCGCUAGUGCCCUGGCCCUGGAACCGACACACCCCUCACUAGUCCUAGUUAAUAGAAAGGGUAAUAAACUGGACCAACUCUCUCACUUUUUAAAAAAUUGUGGCAAAACAUGCAUAACGUAAAACUAACCAUUUCGGUCAUUUUUAAGUGGAUUUAAAUACAUUCACAAGGUUGUACAACCACCUCCACUAUCCAUUUCCAGAACUUUUUCAUCACCCCAAAUUGAAAGUCUGCAUCCACUAAAUAGCAACUCCCCAUUGCUCUACCCCUGGCCCCUGGUAACCUCUGUUUUACUUUCUGCCUUUAUGAAUUUGCCUAUUCUAAGUCCUCGUAUAAGUGGCAUCAUACAGUGUUUGUCUUUUUGUGUCAAACUGCCUCACUUUUUUGGAUGAGGAAUUAGGCCCAGAGAAGGGAGUGGCUGACUCAAGGUCAGACAGCAAACUAGAGGCAGCGUUGGAACCAGAACUCAGGUUUCCUGCCUCCCAGCAGGUCUGCAUCCCAGUGGGGAGUGAGAUGCCACCUACUAUUCUGUGGUCUUGGUUGAACCUCUUCCUCUCUCUGGGUUCCUUCUGUUCACUCCCCCUACCCAUCUUCUCUUUUUAUCAUCUUCCUCCAAAGCUCCCCUUCUGCCUCCUCUUCCGCUGGUUCCCACCAGCAGACAGUCUCCCGACUGUGGCCAGGUUUUCCCCUUGUGAGACCCGGGCUUAUUUGUAGCACCCAUCUCUCAGCCCUCCCAGAAUGGCCUCCCCCACUCUGCCGGCUUCCCAUGAAUUCCCCUGUAACCUCAGCCACCCCCUCCCUGUCCCUUUGGCCUCACAUUCCCAUCCUCCCCUGUCUGUGGUCUUCCAGCUCCCGAUGUAUGCUUUCAGAUCUGGUUGUGUUUCCUGGGUUCUGUUUUGUGUUUUCUCACACCAAAGCGGGUACCUUUCCCCAGCUUGGCCCCAUUGACCACCCCCACCCGACUCCAGCCCAGAAAGACAUCCACCCAUCCCACCCUUGAGUCAUGUUGUCUUCUGUCUACAGCCUCCUGGCAAGACCCAGCACUUUCCAUGGACUAGCAGAGUGGGGGGAGGCUUGGAUUCCCCCUUUCAGCCUCCUCUACCCUGCCCAGUCAGUCCUACCUGGCCUUGUUUGAAAAGCAGGUGCAGCCUGCCUUAGGUUCUCCUCUCCUUCUCCCAGCCAUCUGGCCAUUUGACCUCCCACCACCUUCUCCACUUUCCCCUGGACCUCACUGCCUCUGGAGCAUCUCGUCCUGGCAGAACCUAUAACCCACCUGGCACCACCCCUACCCCUCCCGACAAUGUUUGCAGUUUGUGAAGUCUGAAGACCCAAGAACCAAAGGGGACUGGUGACAUGAUGCUGGGCCCAAGUCCCCUGCCCAGGGCUCCUCCCCGCCCCUCCCUCACCCUUCUUGGACCCUCCUUUGUCCAUCCCAUCAGCCCUACUCCCCUCCCUUCCUGCCCUUCAUCAGUUCUCUGGACCCCAGGCCCUAAGGAAAGGAGCUUUAGUUUCCCCUAAGCGUCCUUGAAGGGCCGAAGUCACCCUGUCACUCUCCAUUCUGAUACACCCAAACUACUCCCAUGAAGUAGGAGUCUGGAGACCUGGCCUGGGUAGAUGUGUUAACUUCUCUUUGGUUGUGUGAUUUUACAAUAAGCAUAAGGUCAUCCUCAGGGCCUCAGAGCACCCCUCGUGUUUUGGGGUCCUGCAUCACCAUUCUCUCCACUGGGCCCUGGUAUCCUGGCUCCUCUCUCAGCCCUGCUACUGAUCUCUGUGCCUUAGUUUACUUCUCCGCACAGGGGGGCUCAUCACAAGUCUGUUCCCAGCAGCAUCCCAGACACUUUGGUGCCUCUCAAGCAGGGCCUAGCCAGCUGUGGCCCAGCUGCUUGGCACUGUCUUGGGUACCAGGUUGCUGAGGAUAAGAUGCUUGGAGGUUCUCAAAGAAGGCAGGAGCAUCACCUGGAAACUUGAUAGAAAUGCAGAGUAUUAGCCCCAUCCAAGACCUACAGAAUUAGCACAUUUUGGGGCGGAGGUGGGGGUACCAGCAAGCGGGAGUUUAACACGCUCUCCUGGUGAUUCUGAUGGACACAGGAGUUUGCCACCUGCUGACCUAGACUAACAAUUAGUGUGCCCUGGUGAGAGACUGAGGCUGGCCCUGACCAGGAAUAGAUGGGAGACACCAACCUCAUCUGGACUCCUGAGAGAUUGGGAGCCCUCCAUCCACCCCCAACCCAAAGCAAAACAAAACUAUAUUCUCCUCUUCCUGGAAACUGAAGGGCUAGGAGAAAGCAUAUGUUUUUCCUUUCUUUGCCCUUGGCUCAGUUCCAGUUCUACCCACCUUUCUUGCACUUAUCUGGGUUUUACAGAAGAUUGUAUAGGCUUGUGCCAGCCAAGCAGGGGGUGGGAGUCCUGGUAGUGGGGGACGGGAGGGGGGAAGACCCUGACCAUUUAUCCCUUGGGAACCUCACCACAGGCUUAUGGCCUCUCUUCAAAUGAAAAAAAAUUUGACUCCUCAAAGAAAGAAUCCUAAAUCCCCAGCCAGCUUCUCCUCCUUCUCCCGCCUCCAGGGAGACCUUGUAGACAGUGCCAAAAACCAGCUCCAGCCCCCAGCGACUGGGGAAGAGCCAGAAGCUGUCCCUCCUCUUCAUCCUGGCCCCUUCCCCAACCCCCGCCAAUACUGUGAAGCCCCUUUCCUGACCAUCUUGGUUUCCUGGUGUGGACCCUGCAGUCAUGGGCCCUAGGGGUCCUCCAGGGGAAAGCUUUUGGGAGGGAAGGGACCAAGGGCAUCCUUGGGCCAAACUGUCCGCCUCUCCUGUCCACUGUUCUCUCCUCCCCACUCCUGUCUUCAAAAGGCUCCUCGCCAGGAUGGAUUGGGUGCUAGGACGACCAUGGUCCAUCCAGUCUGCCAGCUCUCCUUGCCCCCGUGUCUUAUUUCAGACAUGAGAAUAACUGUACAGUGUAAACUUACAAAGGGUUUUUAAUGGUUGUAGAUUGGAAAUAAAGUAUGUCAUAUGAACAGUU